AUGGAUGCUUCUACCAGUAAACGAAACGUACCAGUGUUAUCGAAAUCCACAAAACGGAAUCUACGAAGGAAGGAGCAACGACGCAUAAAGAAAGCAAGGCUUGCAGGACCCACUAACCAAUCAAUUGACGAAGGAUCCACCACACCCGAUUCCGACGACCAAGGCAUUGCACCCGAUUCUACCAACAACCAAGCGGACGACGAAAGACCAGAGAUACUCUACGACCCAAAAAAAUGGGGUUUAGGGGCAGUCAUCGCCUUUCGAGGCAGGCCUAGGACCCCCAUGCCAGCUCCACUGAUACCUUCUUGGGUGUGGUCAGUAGUCGUAUGUGAAGCGUAG